AUGGCGAAACUUAUCCUCCUUCCCCGUUCCCGCGCUGACUUCCGGCUCAAGAAACGGUGCAUCCACAACGAUGCAGCACAGGUCGAGGGAGACCACGACACCACCCCAUCUCGUCGCCCUCAGAAACAGCAGCGUCUUACUCCACAGAAGGCAAAUGGCUUCCGGCAGUCUCGGUCGCCGGACGUCAACGGCUCCGUUCACGAGCGAGACGAGGAUGCGUCCCAAGAGGCAGCAUCGCAACUAGUCGAGCUCUCGUCACGUUUCGUCUGUGACAUGAACCCCGAGGGCAUGUUUAUCCAGGCGGCAACCGCACCUGCAUCCAAAAUCAACGAGUCAUCGUACAGGUCAAAAAGCGAAAUCGGCACCUGGAUCGCCCCCGAGCAGUCGGAGGACGCUCCCAUCAUACCCAACACCAUCCCCAGGAUAUCCAGCCCCGAGCGGAAGCCCACAAUCCACCGCUCCGAGGCCGACGGAUCUCUCAAGUCCGACAAGGCUUUGGCCUAUGAGCGGGCGAAGAACGACUACCUCUGGGAUGAGUGUCUGGUGCUGAUGCCGCCCGAAGCAGACUUCAAGGCCCUCAAAACCCUGUUCCUGGACGAGAUCCACCCGAUCCUGCCUGUCUUUGUCGAGUCCGAUCUCAACUGGGAGGGUCCACCAACGGUGUACAUCACUGUCAUGAGGCAGGUCAUCGCCUUUGCCGCCGCGACGAAUCCCAAGAUGGCCAAACACCUUCGGCUCCGUCCCGACGGGCCCGUUCUCAAGGCUCGAGAAUUCCGUCGGCGCUUGUCCAAUGCCAUUCUGGCAGUCGCAGAUGGCGAACUGAUCUCCUACCGUGUCGAUCUCAUCCGUAUCCUGAUCAUGAUGGCCUUUUACUUCCAGCCGACGACAGCCAAGGAGAGGAGUCGAGCCUCCUUUCUCUGCACACAGGCUGCGCAUCACCUCCACAACCUCGGCGCACAUCUCCUGGGAUACAGGUGCCCGAAGAAGGCCGAGAACAUCGAGUCGUUGUUCCUAGCCAUGUGGGCCGUGGACCGGGUCGGGUCUGCGUGGUACUCCCGGCCAUGUAUCAUGCACGAGCGGGACAGUGACAGAGACAUUGACGAACACAUCAAGUUGCAGCCGCCCGCGUCUCGUCUGUUCCUUCGCGUGGUUCAGUCGCUCGACAAGAUUGUCCAGCUUUAUCGGCCAAAACAGCCGUUCCAGUACAUCGACAUUCCGAUCUUCGAGGCCCUUAUCACACAAGAAGGAGCCACCAAGUUGCCCUCCAAGAUUUUAGGAACAAUCGAAGUCUUCUACCACGCCGUCUGCGUGCUCUCCUGCCGCCAGCCCUUCAGCGACUUCUCCGACACCUCGGCGACGGACGACACGUCCCACCUCCCCCACCCCGUGAUCAACCCGCGGCGCUCGCUCUCGGCCGACCGCAUCGUCUGGGCCGUGCAGAACGAGGACAUCGCGCCGCUGCCCUUCGUCCCCUACGCCGUCUCCCUGGCGCUGACGGUGCAGUACCGCAAGAUGCGCUACAGCAAGACGCCCAUGUACCGGGCGCGCGCGACCGCCGCGUUCAAGGAGAUCGUGGCCGUGCUCAAGAAGUACGGCGACGUCUACUCGAGCGCCCGGCUCAACGUGCAGCUCGGCGAGAGCAUCCUGCGCGAGAUGAACAAGACGGCGUGCACCCUUGUGCGGGAGGAGCCGGAACAGGGGCAAGGGAGCUUGAGCGAUGCUGGCUGCAGGGUGAACGAGGGUUCAGUCGGUCCUCCGCGCGGUGGCGGCGGCGAUGAUGGGGUCUUGUUCAAUGGGGUAAACGGGGAGAACAGGUCGGCUGAGCCGGGGCAGCUGAGCGUCGUGGCGGCGGCUCAGCCGAACGCGCUGCCGCUGAACGCCGAGCUGGACCCCUUUGACCCGGCGAUACUGGAUAACCUGAGCGUGGAUGUGGAUCUGUUUGGGUACUUUGAUCCCAACUUUGACUUGGGGGCCAUCGACACCGCGCUCGAGGCUAAUCUCGAUAUGGGCAUCCCUCAGAACUGGACGAGUACGUGGAAUCACUUUGGGUCGUGA